AUGGCCCUCGGCACACUACAGUUCCAAGAGGAGAAACCCAAAGACCCGGCGGAGGAGAAUAAAGAGAGAGAGUUCCUCAAAGAUGUCUACAUUUUCAUGAAGAAGAGAGAUACUCCCAUCGAAAGGAUCCCAAAUCUGGGCUUCAAACAAAGUAAUUUUCAAUAUGUUUAAUUUUAUCACAUUGUCUUAUGCAGUUUUAGAGUUUAAAGAAGUCGCUUUAUCAGACAUUUCAUGUGUUUUUCAUCAUCAAAACAGACCUCUUUUAUUUACAUUAUUUCUUCAAAGAGCUUCUGCCAAUUUAUAAAUUAAAUUUUGUUUACCUUUUAUUACAUAAACCUGAUCUUUUUUAUGGAAAAUUUGAGUCAAAUGAUUAAAUAAUGAGGUUUAGCUGACAAAAAUAACAAUCUAAGCCUUUUUAAAAAUCUACCCUCAGGAAAAACAUAGUAAUGAUAUUGAAUAUAUUUGAAACUGAUAUGGUUUCAAAUUAACAAGCACUUUGUUGCUGCCUGUAAGCCAACUGGCAUCACGGGAAUGACUGACUGACUUUUUAGUGACCGAUCCGAGAAAAACAGCAAAAAAUUGUUGCUGUACCAGACUAGACUAGACUAGAAAAAUAGCUACAGAUUUAUAGUUGUAGCUUUUAAAAUGCAGGAAUGUUCUGUCCUGGUAUGUAAAAUGUAGAUUUUUAGUGAUAGAUGAAGAUUUGUCACAUAAAUCUGAUUACCGGUGUUGUCAUGUUUGACUCAAGAGAAGGCACAAAUAUUCCUUUAGUUCAUUGAAAAGUUAUGUAAUUGCAAAUUUAAUGAACAUUUUAAUUCUAAACUGUGUGAAUUCUUAUCGUGAAUUCUUCCUAUUUUUCAGUUGAUCUGUAUGUGAUGUACAAAACUGUCCAAGAAAUGGGAGGCUACCACCAGGUAACUUCAAACUUCUAAUCCUCAACGUUUAUGUUAUUAUUUAUUUAUUUUUUUACUUACUUAUUUAUUUACUUAUUUAUUUAAGUUAUUGAUUAAAUUGGAUGAUCUACUCUGGUACACAGAUAUCAUUGUAUUUUAGUUACUUUUGUGUUCAGUUUUGAUUUUAAAACAGCCGCUCUUGUGCAUCUUAUAAUAUUAUGUGAAUAGGUGAACUGACAUUAGGCAUCUAUUAUAAUAAAGUCUUAUUGUUAUGAAGGCCACAAACUCUCAUUGGAAAGCUGUAAAUAAAUGGGCAUGUGGGAUGAAUCCAUGCAGAGCACUUCAUUCAAUGAAGGCAAAACACCUAAUUAAACACUUUAUCUGCACUCUUCCAGGUGACUGCACAGCAAAUGUGGAAACAAGUGUACAACAUGCUGGGAGGAAACCCGAAAAGCACGAGUGCAGCUACCUGCACCCGCCGACACUAUGAGAAGUGAGUUAAUGACUUCACUGGCAUUUGUUCACCUGAAUGGAAUGUUUUUAUAAUGCUGUAUUGAUCUAAUGUGGCAUUUUUACAGGCUGCUUCUGCCCUACGAAUGCCACAAGAAAGGCAUCACAGUGAGCUUACUGCCUCAGCAUCGGCCAAAGCCUUUCCCCUUUGCCGAUUUCAGCAAAGAAGACCCUGAUGGGCAAAGACCAGCUAAGCGCAGACUGAUGUCGAUGCCUCUGCAGCAGGUUGGUAUUAUUUAUCUUUUAAAUGUGAAAAGGGGGCGUCAAUCUCCUGAUCUUAUCUCAAAAAUUAACGUGAUUCAUCUUCUCUUUCGUACAGAACCCCAUGGAGUCGGAUCCACGUGGGAGGGUCUUCCCCCUGCCGCUACCCUACCCUCCAUUCUACCGCCAAACUCACCCAGUUCAGAGCCCUCAUGUCUCCAUCUCCUCCCCAGUUCUGACACCAUUGAACCCCCCUGUCACACAGCCCUGGUUCGGUUUCCAGCCAUCUCGUCCAAACCCACUUGAACAAGUCAAAGAACCACUGGAGCGUCUGCGUUCCCUCUCAGAACAGUACAAGACCUCAUCUGGAUUGUCUGAGCCUCUCAACCUCAGCGUCAAAGCUUCACAACAACCAGCCAACAGUAACCCCGUCUCCUCCUUCAGCCAGCCUUCAUCAAGCAAGAAUCCAAAGUUCCUGAACAAACCCUCCACGUUGUAUGCUCCUCAAAGCCCAAACGUCAGACACGAAGGAAGUGAAGCACAAGAUAAUGAGGCUGCUUCAGAGGAUCGAUUGUAUUCACACCCUUCGAAAGACAGAGAGGCAUACAUCAUGGACGUCAAGGCCAUAAAAACCUCAAGCAGCCCAAGAUAUGUCUCACUUUCUAGUGGCGAAGACACAGCAUCUUCAGUCGGAAAACCCAGCUCGCCAAAAACAGACUUUCCAAUCCUGCCAAAAGAGGAAGGAGAUCGGUAUUCAGAUCUAAGAGACCUCAAUCUCAGUCAAAUCCUGCCCUCCCUCACCGGAGGGAAUGGAGGCAAGAUGGAGAUCGAGAUACCGCUGUCUCUGUUCCAUAACUGGCUGAAGUUGUGUGGGUCAUCAGUCACGAUGCAGGGACUAAAGCAGCUCACGACCACUCUUCCCUCUCUGGGAGAACAAAGCAGCAGCUCUGACGUAGAUGUCCUCCCCACAAACGUGCAAUCCCAGGCAAAUUCACAACACCAGACUCCGGUCGCUGAAGAUCUAAGGCUGAGGAAGGGGAACUUGCCAAGCCCCACGGUGCCAUCCAUCCAAACAUCGAGUCCUCCCCUCAAUACGGGCCCAAACCCCUUCACCAGCUACAAGCUUGUGCCUCCAGGUGGCAUCCUGAAAAAUGCUGUGAGUCAAGAUGUCUAUCCAUUUGAUCAGACAGAUUUCAAGUCUUACACCUCCAAAUCCCCAAGCUUGUGGUCUACUUUUGACAAAGACACGCACAUGAAAUUUGACUCACACAGUCCCCUUGCAAUCAAACAAGAGUUUCCAACCUCUAAACCCUACGAUGACGACGUGAUCCUGGUGAGGAAGGAGAAACCACAGAGAGCACCUCAAACUUUGCCCAUGCUCGGUUCUGGUCCCACUCCUAUUAUGCAACUCACCCCUGAAGAGGUGAUGAAGCUAAAGAAAAUGAUCUCCAGUCUAUAG